GCGCCACGCAGUCAUAGAGAACGGACGCGUGUUCCACACCUUUCCUCGCACUCGGCUCAACAUUACCCAUCCCAACCGGUUUACCUUACUCCCCUACCCCCCUCCACCACACCCCUCCAGGCGAACCUCGUGUACGUACUUCACACACACACACACACACCAGUGUCUGCGUCAGUUACCGGUGUCGGGGCGUGAGUCAGCCAUCACUAUGAAGGAGGUCCCGGUACUGACCUGUCCUCGUACUCCACCGGGCGGUGCGAGAGAGGGAUUUUUCGUAACGAGAUGAUUCGUAUGUGGUGGUGGCGGUGUGGGAAUGUUUUUUCGGCUCACUUGAGUUACACACGUGCAUAGCCCAUCAGUCCAUCAGGAUGGUGAUUAGAAGAUACAAGGAUUGUUUCAUCCUACUCCUAGGAUUGCUGAGUGCUUCGAAGCUUCGUUCUAUCACAGGAUAAAUUUAAAUAAGAGAAGGUGUAAAAUAUUUCAACUGAUGACUAGUACAAAAUUAUUGAUGUCACUCCUUCACAAAUAAUAAUAUAAUGUUACUGAAGAUAAUGUUAUUUAAGCCAAUUACGCAUUGUAAUUUUGAAAACAAGUUAGCCUAGAACCAUUAUUGCAAUAAACUGGUGCUUAAAUUACAAUUAGCAUUUAUUCAAAAUCCUUUACAGAAAAAUACAAUAUAUAUAUAUAUAUGUCACCAAUCACAUAAGACCAGAUUGCGUCAACAAUUACAUAUUAUAUACAUAAAUCACAGAUUUUCUGCAAGAAAGUGAAGAGAAAAAAAAUUGCGUUAAGCCAAUGAAUAAGUUUAUGUUGCGUGUGAGUAUUAUUAUUAUUCCCACAUUUUACUACUGGCAGGUAGAAAGUAACAUCACUGUCCCGUCUGAAAUUUUUGUUGGGUGAUUGUGAGACGCUGGACACAAGCAAUGAACAGCGGGAGCAGGAAACUUGAAGCCUAUUGUGUUGUCAUCCUUCACUAGUAGCAUCAUGUGAUGGCAGCCUUCACUAGUAGCCUCGUGUGGUGGCAGCCUACCCUAGUAGCCUCGUGUGGUGGCAGCCUACCCUAGUAGCCUCGUGUGGUGGCAGCCUACACUAGUAGCCUCGUGUGGUGGCAGCCUACCCUAGUAGCCUCGUAUGGUGGCAGCCUACCCUAGUAGCCUCGUGUGGUGGCAGUCUUAACUAGUAGCCUCGUGUGGUGGCAGCCUACCCUAGUAGCCUCGUGUGGUGGCAGCCUACCCUAGUAGCCUCGUGUGGUGGCAGCCUACCCUAGUAGCCUCGUGUGGUGGCAGCCUACACUAGUAGCCUCGUGUGGUGGCAGUCAGCACUAACCGCUGUUGGGAUGAGCGCUUGCAUGUGACAAGAUCAAGAAGUUUUCCAGCCGACGAUAGAAUGUUUCCCACCUGGGGAGUGUGUAAUAUUUCAAGGGAUGUAGGUGAGUGUUGCAAUCUGUACAGCUUUGAAGAGACGGAAAAGGAGUACAUAUGAAAAAAUCAUCGAAGAGCAAAAUGGUUUAUUUCAAAAUCGAAGCAUAUUCAAGAAGAAGAAAUCAAUGUCUAUUUUAAUUUAUUUACAAGAAUUUUUGACCAAAUUAGAAGUACACUGUACUGAAAAAAAUCGAAAAUAUCUUUAGUGCAAGAGAAAAUUGAAGAAAUUUAUUUUUUCUUUUAAAUGAAUGAACUCGUCUACAAGAGCAAAUAUGUAGACUUCUAUCUUCAUAUUGGUCCAAAGGGGGUGACUAAAUUUCCCACAACCCGCCAAGGACCUUUCACCAAGCCUUACUCGACAACAUUCUGGCUUCUCAACUUUCUGCAUCUCGUCUUGUCUGUCAUCUCCCGUUUUUGGUCCUCCCGUCUACCAGUCUUCCCAGAUCAGCCUGCGACAAGCCUGAUUUGUCUAAAUCCAAUGUCUCUUAGUUGUCAAAACAAGAUCUGAACCAUGGAUGGCUUAACUGUCAACCUUACAGCUGAAGUAGAGGAUUCUUCCGGUUUCCUGGAGUAUGGAGGUAUAUACGACCAAGGGUUGGAAGUUUUCGACACGAACGGGUCCUUAGCGCUGACCAACGACACGAACAAUGGGACCUAUUGGGUGUAUCCCUGGGGUGGGUCCAUGUACCCUUCGGGCUACAGUACCCUGGAGAUCGUCGUCAUCACCGUUAUCAUCACUGUAGCUAUGAUUGUGGUGGUGGUCGGUAACAUGCUGGUUAUCAUCGCCAUCGCUACAGAGAAAGCACUAAAAAAUAUCACCAACUGGUUCAUCGCCUCCUUGGCAGUGUCGGACUUUCUGUUAGGGCUCGUUAUCAUGCCCUUCAGUCUCGCCAACCUCCUGAUGGGGUACUGGAUGUUUGGGGACCUCUGGUGCGAGCUACACGCCGCUAUAGACGUCCUUUUAUCAACAGCUUCCAUAAACAAUAUCUGCCUCAUCUCGUUAGACCGCUAUUGGAGCAUUACACACGCAGUGGCCUACCUGAAGAAGAGGACCCCCGAGCGUGCAGCCAUCAUGAUCGUGGCGGUGUGGCUCUUCUCCGGGUUGGUCUCCAUCCCGCCUUUGCUAGGCUGGAAAGAAGUACGAGCACCUGAGGAAUUCCCCAAAUGCACGGUAAGUAGCUGCGACAAUCUCAACAACCCUCUGCUGCCUCCAUGGGAAGGUUGUCGUCAUUACCAAAUAUAUCGGGUUCGAUCUUUGAUUGACUAAAAUAUUGGGUCUAAA